AAACAUUUAUUGGCUGCCAACCGCCGUUAAACCUCGUCGAGGAAGAAAAAGAAGUUGACGUCUGAUUUGUACUUCUAUGUUCUAAGUGAAAGUAAGCAACAUCGAGGCCACGACACCGAACUUACUAGUUGAGAUCGAAGCUCAGUGAAGGGAAAUCAAAGCUGUGUAAAGGAAAUAACAGUAACCAUGGCUCCAACAUUGUAUGAUAAGAAGCCGAAGCCAGGAGAUCUGAAAGAGAUAUUCAGAGGGAACUACCAGCACUGGGCUUUGUACGUUGGUGACGGCUUUGUUGUUCACCUGUCCCCACCCUCCGAGGGACCUGGGGCCAGGGCCAACAGCAUGAUGUCUGUGCUCAGUGACAAGGGUAAGGUGAAGAAGGAAGAGAACAAGGACUUGGUAGGGCAGGAUCAGUGGUGUGUAAACAACCAGUUGGAUGAGAAAUACCAGGUCAGACCCAUACAUGAGAUACUGACGGAAGCCCUGGCCUAUGUGGAUCAGGAGAUGCCCUACUCUGUCUUCAGGGGAAACUGUGAGCACUUUGUCACAGAUCUGAGAUAUGGAAAGGCUGAGUCUCGACAGGUUCGUCAGGUUGUGAAAACUGUGGGAAUAGUGGCCACACUGGGAAUAGUGGCCACACUGGGUAUCAGAAUCAUUGCAUUUGUCGUGGGCAUCUUUAGAGGUGGAAGGAAGAAGAAGAAGAAUGAAGAAAAAGAAGAAUAUAAGUGACCAACUGUAUAAUAGCUUCCUGAGCAGCCAGUCAUCAAUAAGCCGAAUAGAUUAUUUUUUAAACUACAGUACUGCCAUCGUCACUUGUAUAAUUCUGGGGCUUUCAGAAGGAAGGGUUGAGUAUUUCCAUAAUAUUUUUAUUUUUUACAGUUAAACAGAUAUGAAUUGAAAGCACAAAAGGAGGAAAAGUGUCUGGUUAUAAUUCCAAGGUAUACAGCCUUGGAGGGGCCAUAACCUUGCAGGCUUGCUAGACUAAACUAGCUGUUUAAAAAAUGUUGACAGUUACUUAUAAGCUAUGAUGUUUCCCUACUAAAGUUUUAACAUAUUUAUGUAGACUCUCUUUAUAAUGGGAUAAAAUGGUAUUCCACUGUAGUUUUAAUGUUUCUAUCAUGAAGAAAAUUGUCUAAAGGACCCAGGGCUUUCGAGUGGCACAGCAUCUAAGUGCUAGAGACAUCACUACAAACCCUGGUUCGAUUCCAGGCUGUAUCAUAACCGGCGCACAAUUGGCCCAGCGUCGUUAGGGUUUGGCUAAAGAAGAAUUUGUUCUUAACUGACUUGCCUAGUUAAAUAACUAAAUAAAAGGACCCACAGAACUACUCCUGGUUAGGGUUGAAGUGGAUACAUCUAAUGCUGCUUGAAUCGCUUCGUAAUGACUGACAGCAUUAUGAACAGGUGCAUCAAAGCAGUGACCAAGAGACUGAAAAACAGCUUCUAUCUCAAGUCCAUCAGACUGUUAAAUAGCCAUCAGUAGCACCUUAGAGGCUGCUGCCC